AUGUCAGAGUCAUCCACAUACUUCGAAAAACAAAGAGAUAUGUUGAUUCAAGAAAUUGGAGUUUCUAUUGAGUCAGUAGUCUACAAUUUAGAUAUUUUGAAUAGAUCACUUAACGGGUCGAUUUCAGUUGGAAAAGAAUUUGACAAUGUCGGAAGACUUUGGUCCCACUUCUACGAUGGCUUGAACCAGCUAAAGGAAAGAAAUAAUGAAGACGAGACAAAGGAAAAUGAUCAAAACGACGCCAACCAAGAAGAUAGCUCGUCAGAGGAACAUGAAUCAUCCAACGAAGAAAAGGACCAAGUUGAAGAGCAUCAAGAAUUGUGA